AUUUAUUGAACAAUUAAUGAACUCGCUGACCUUAAUAAAUACUACACACACCCUUCUCUCAUAUUCUUCAUGCUGAGAUCUUCAAACCAUCUUCUAAUAAGUUCUUUUAGUUCUUGAAUCAGAUAGACGAUGCUACAUUGCAAGCAUCUCAUAACUCCUUUGAGCUACAAGAGAAAAGUAGUUGCAGUAGCAAUACCCAGCAACCUCACAUCAAUUAAUCACAGGCCACUACUGUUGCCUAAAUUGCCUGGUUUCUUGAGCAUGGAUGAUGUUACACGAUCUCAACCGUUGCCUUUGGCUUCAACAGCUGCCAAGGCAUCCCAGAACAACACCAUUGAUCCGCACCCCAAAUAUGAGGGCAAGAAGAUCAAGGGGAGGGUGGUGUUGAUGAAGAAGAAUGUUCUGGACUUGAACGACCUUACAGCAUCGGUUCUCGAUCGUGUAGGUGAGCUGGUAGGCAAAGCGGUUUCUCUGCAGCUCAUUAGUUCUGUCAAUGGUGACCCUGAAAAGGCGUCCCCAGGAAAAGUUGGAAAGCCAGCAUAUUUGGAAAAUUGGAUUACCACAAUCACCCCCUUAACAGCAGGGGACUCUGCAUUUGAUAUUACUUUUGAUUGGGAUGAGGAGAUUGGGGUCCCAGGAGCAUUUAUAAUUAGAAAUGAUCAUCACAGUGAGUUUUACUUGAAGACUCUCACGCUUGAAGAUGUUCCUGGUGAAGGUCGAAUCCACUUUGUCUGCAACUCAUGGGUGUACCCUGCUGACAAGUACAAAAAAGACCGCGUUUUCUUCGCAAACAAGACUUAUCUUUCAAGUGACACACCAAAGCCACUACAGAAAUUCAGAGAAGAAGAGCUAGUAAACUUGAGAGGAGAUGAUGAUGAUAAAACAAGAGAGCUUCAGGAAUGGGACAGGGUCUAUGACUAUGCCUAUUACAAUGAUUUGGGGAAUCCAGAUAAGGGUCAGGAGUAUGCCCGUCCAGUUCUCGGAGGGUCAAGUGAGUUCCCUUAUCCUCGCAGGGGAAGAACAGGAAGACCACCAACUAAGACAGAUCCUAACACUGAGAGCCAGCUGAAGCUUAUCAUGAGCCUAAAUAUAUACGUUCCAAGAGACGAACGAUUUGGUCCCUUAAAAUUGUCAGACUUGCUUGCUUAUGGUUUGAAAACCAUACCUCAGGUCCUUAAACCUGAGCUAGCAGCUCUACUUGUUGGCAGCCACAAUGAGUUCAACAACAUGCAAGAAGUACUUAUGCUCUAUGAAGGAGGUAUAGAGUUGCCUGAUGGUAUACUAAAAUAUAUUAGGGAUAGCAUACAUGAAGAGCUGUUCAAGGAACUUUUUCGAACUGAUGGUGAAAAAUUCCUCAAAUUCCCAGUGCCUCAAGUGAUCCAAGACAAUAAGUCGGCAUGGAGAACUGAUGAAGAAUUUGCAAGAGAAAUGCUGGCUGGAGUAAAUCCUGUUGCCAUUCGUCGUCUCCAAGAAUUUCCACCUGCUAGCAAGCUAGACCAAAAAGCAUAUGGGGAUCAAACAAGUCAAAUAACCAAAGAACACAUAGAACAUAACUUAAAAGGACUGAGCGUAGAUGAGGCAAUCAAGAACAAGAAGCUAUUCAUAUUAGACCACCAUGAUGCAUUGAUGCCGUACCUGAGGCGUAUAAACACAACUUCCACAAAAACUUAUUCAAGCAGAACACUCCUUUUCUUAGAAAAUGAUGGGACUUUGAAGCCAUUAGCUAUUGAGUUAAGCUUGCCACAUCCUGAUGGAGAUCAAUUUGGCUGCAUUAGCAAAGUCUAUACUCCCUCUAGCCACGGCAUCGAGAGUUCCAUUUGGCAACUUGCUAAAGCUUAUGUGAAUGUAAAUGACUCUGGCCAUCAUCAGCUCAUCAGCCACUGGUUAAAAACUCAUGCAGUGAUUGAACCGUUUGUGAUAGCAGCAAAUCGGCAGUUGAGCGUGCUUCACCCGAUUCAUAAACUUCUGCAUCCUCAUUUUCGUGAAACUAUGAAUGCAAACGCAAUAGCUAGAGAGGUUCUUACAAAUGCAGGUGGAAUUAUAGAGGAAACAGUCUUUCCUGCAAAGUUUUCAAUGGAAUGGUCGUCUGUAAUGUACAAGAACUGGGUCUUUCCUGAACAAGCGCUUCCUGUGGAUCUCAUCAAAAGAGGAAUGGCAGUUGAAGAUCCAAAAUCGUCACACAGUGUACGCUUACUGAUAGAGGACUAUCCAUAUGCUGCUGAUGGGCUUGAGAUAUGGUCUGCAAUUAAAACAUGGGUUAAAGAGUAUUGCUCCUUCUACUAUAAAAAUGAUGAAAUGGUUCAAAAUGACUCAGAACUCCAGUCUUGGUGGAAGGAACUCAGAGAGGAAGGUCAUGGUGACAAGAAAGAUGAACCAUGGUGGCCUAAAAUGCAGACUUGUGAAGAGCUGAUAGAAUCAUGCACCAUUAUCAUAUGGCUCUCUUCAGCCUAUCAUGCAGCAAUCAACUAUGGCCAGUACUCUAUAGGUGGAUACGUCCCGAACCGGCCAAGCAUAAGCCUGCACUUCAUGCCGGAAGAAGGCACUCCUGAGUAUGAGGAGCUCAAAACUAACCCUGACAAGGCAUUCUUGAAAACAUUUACACCUCAGCUGCAGACCCUUCUUGGCAUGGCCUCCAUAGAAAUCUUAUCAAGGCACCCAGUUGAUGAGCUUUAUCUGGGGCAGAGAGACACCCCAGAAUGGACAACAGAUGCAAACAUGUUGCAAGCCUCUGAGGAUUUUAGAAAGAAGCUGGAAGGAAUUGAGAAAAGAAUUAUAAAAAUGAACAAGGAUGAGAAAUUGAAGAACCGAGUUGGACCGGCCAAGAUCCCAUACACUUUGCUCUAUCCUUCUAGUGAGCCUGGACUUACUGGCAAGGGAAUUCCCAACAGUGUCAACAUCUAAUGCUUCUCUAUUUUGUAAAUUUUACUCAUCCUUCUCUCUUGGCUCGAUAUGUUUUUUUUUGUUGUAUGAAUAAAUUCAGAAAUUGUUCAUGUGUUUA